AUGUCUAACAAUCCAAGCGGCCAGCAGGAUGCCAACUUGACAUCGAGUGUGGCCCCUGCUGCCCGGAAACCCGAUUUUCCUGACGGAGGCCUUCGAGCCUGGUCAGUCGUCGCAGGAGCUGCCGGACUGAUGUUCUGCGCCUUUGGAUAUGUGAAUAGCUUUGGCGUAUACCAGGAAUAUUAUCAAACCCACCAACUGUCGACGCGGCCGCCCAAUGACAUCUCAUGGCUAGGAUCAUUACAAGUGUUUUUUCUAUUCUCAGGUACCUUAAUUGGUGGGCCGUUAUUUGAUCAGUAUGGAUCUGUGGUCCUUUGGCCAAGUGCCCUUCUCUUCAUCUUCUCCGCCAUGAUGACCAGCCUCUGCAAAGACUAUUACCAGUUUCUGCUGGCGCAGGGCAUUCUGGAGGGAAUCACAUCCGGCAUGAUCAUGGCACCUGGUCUGGCUGCUGUGAGCCACUACUUCUUCCACAACCGCGGCGCCGCGCUGGGAAUCGCGGUCGCAGGGUCAUCUCUGGGCGGGGUCAUUUUCCCCAUUGCGCUGACGAAAAUGCUAAAUAACCCCAAGCUGGGAUUCGGCUGGAGUGUUCGCAUCUGCGCGUUCAUGAUGCUUGGUAUAUUACUUCCCUCAUGUGCAGUAGUGCGGCCCCGUCUCCCACCACGCAAAAAGGCCAUUGUUCUCUGGUCAGGCUUCCGAAAUCCCCUAUUUGUCAGUACAGUGCUCUCCAACCUCUUCCUGGUGAUGGGACUCUUCAUUCCAAUGUUCUACCUCCCCACCUACGCCGAGCGUGCACAUGGCAUGUCACAACAGCUUUCCCUCUAUCUUGUCGCCACGCUAAAUGGUGGCUCAUUUUUCGGCCGCAUCAUCUUGGGUAUGGCCGCCGAUCGACUUCUAGGCCGCCUCAAUGUUCUUGGUAUUUCUGGAUUGGCGACUGGUAUUAUGUGCUUCUGUUGGACACGCGCACACUCGGUCGGGGCGAUUGUCGUAUUCUCCGUGAUCUAUGGCUUCACCUCAGGUGCGGUCGUCUCCAUGCUGUCGGCUUGUUUCGCCCAGAUUCCCAAAGAUCCGCGCGACAUUGGCACCUACAUUGGGAUGGGCAUGUUCUGUGCAGCUUUUGGGGCUUUAAUCGGAACACCGAUCAGCGGCGUCCUUGUGUCCCAGUCUGGCGGUUUCGAGACAGCGUCGACAUUUAGUGGGGUGGUGACUAUAGUCGGUAGCUUCAUGGUGCUGGUUGUGAAGCUUCUGUCAGGCAAGGGGGUGUGGUCUAUAUAUUGA